AUAGCAACGCAAGGCGGUAUUUCGAAGGAAUGCAUGUGUUGUUCGUCCUUUCUAUCUCAUGUAAUCUCGUGGUUGUUCUAGCGCAAACAAACAUAAAUGUUGGUGGCAUCAGGGCUGUACGUUUGGCUUCCGGGACAAGUAUUUAUCAAGAGAAACGUGAUGGUGUACUCGAAGUUAAUUACAAUGGUUCUUGGGGAACUGUCUGCAAUUUUGGAUUUGACGAAUUAGCAGCAUCAGUUGCAUGUUUUAUGCUUGGAUACCCACCUCGUGGUGUACCAAUUAUGAAUAGCCCACGACGAGUUCCGAAUUCCACACCCGUGCUCUCUGAAUUCAAUUGUACUGGAAGAGUUGUAUUACCUUCUAGUUCACCAAGCACUGCUACUAUACAUUUGGGUGUUUGCUCAUUCACAAACGAACUCCCUUCUGCGUGUCAAGACACGAGUCGACAAACAUCCAUCGUAUGUUUGGACCCUGUCGAAACGACGACUACGACCACUCCUACUCCAAAUUAUAUGACACUAGCUCCAGUUGACUGUAGUUCCCCAUCAUACUCAACUAUACGUUUAGUUGAUGGGACAAGUAAUUCUGGUCGCGUAGAAGUCAAACAUCCUCAAACAAACCAAUGGGGUACAAUAUGUGCGGAUGGUUUUGAUUUGAAUGCAGCACGUGCUCUUUGCCGAAUGCUAUGCACAAGUUCGGAUAAUCUGAAAUAUGCUUAUCCAGUUUUAUAUCAGUAUGGAAGUGCACCAGACUCAACACCCAUUCAUUUAUCACGUUUAGAAUGUCCAUCGAAUGCAACAAGCUUAAAUGAUUGUAAAUUAGGUGGAGGAUGGAGUUAUACACCAGGUUGUACUCAUGGUAUGGAUGUUGGAUUACAAUGUGGACCUUCAUCUAAUAUAGAAAAUCAAGAUGUUUAUCGACCACAGUUCAAAUGUAAUCAAACAACUGCUACGAUUUUAUAUGAAAAAAGUUUAAAUCCUGAUAUCAAUUCGAGUAUGAUUCGCUUAGAUCAAAAUCCACUGCCAACUGAUUGUCAUUAUCGUGUUGAAGAGAAUACUACACAUGUUUCAGCGUAUAUACCACUUGUUGGUUGUGGUGGCAGUCUUACUCUGAGCAAUGAAACAUCGCUUGCAAUUAAAUUGGAUAUGAUUCGAGUAUAUUUAACUCCAGAAAAUGGUAUAAUCUCAAAAUUACCAAUGAAAUUUAGUGUUACCUGCUUGAUACCUCGAUCAAAUGAAAUUCAUUCUGAAGCACUUGCUUCACCAAAUAUUACUACAAAUUUAUUGAGUUAUAGUGAAACUAUUUCUUCAUCUCUGAAAUUAUAUCGUGAUCAACAAUUCACUGUUCAAUUGAAUCAACCUAUCACUAUACCUCCAGGUGAUAAGGUUUAUGCCCUUGUUUCAUUGAUCAAUCCUCAAAAGACAAGUAAAUUAAUAUUACAAAAUUGUUGGGCAACAGCAUCACCUAGUCGUAAUUCCACUCCGCGACAAAAUUUGAUUGUUGAUAAAUGUGUUGCAUUCGGUGACCUUAUGGUUAUACCAUCAUCAUCAACACAAGUUGGAUUCACAUUUAGUGCUUUCUAUCUUAAUACUGCUGGAUCAGUCGUACCUAUGUAUUCAAAUCUUUACUUACAUUGUGAUAUACGUGUAUGUGAUAUAAGGGAAACUAGUCAAAAUUGUCAACAAUUUUGUCGAUCACCGACAAUUGCAACGACAACAUCGACAAGUAGUAAUGCAUCUAAUACAUCAUCAGGAACAGUCAAUCGAACUGUUCUAUUGAAACGAUUUCGACGAGAUUUACGACAUAUCAGUCCAAAGUUUGUGCAGGCACAUAGUCGCGUUCAUGUAGAAUGCGGUGAUGUUGUGACAUUGGAGUAGUUAAUGGUCUGACAGUAUUUCCCACCUAUAUACACACACCAAUCAAUUGCUUUUAUUACUACUACUACUGCGUAACAAAUUGAUUUUAUUAUUAUUGUUACACAAUUGACACAACGAGUACAUAAAAUACAUGGUGAACAUUUUUUGUAAGAAAAAAAACCUCCAUUUUUUUGAUAUAUCUUUAUUGAUAGGCAUAUAUUAAUACAGUAUUAUUACAUUUGAAGUCAAUAGUACAAUUUUUACUGUUUUAGAAGAUAAUUACACAUUUUAAAGUUUUUUAUAUGUGUUUGUUUUAAAUAAACAAAAGAUUUUUGUUAAAUAAACAGACAUAUUAAUAU